UUAAAGCGUCCUCUAUAUAAAAUGAAAAGCGUCUUCACAUGUCUUAAUUCAAUCAGUAGCUUGUCCAGAGAAUAACGUGGAAGGACUCCGUUGAAGAACUCUACAGUUAGAGCAAUGGCAGAUCUUAAAGCAGUCGACGUUGAAAAGGCCAAGGAACAUUUCGAAAUAUACGAUUUCGAGGGUGUCGGUAAAGUCGAUGGGAAAGAUCUCGGCGAUUUGCUCCGGUCCCUUGACUUAAAGCCCACAAUCGAGACUAUUAUGAAAAACGGUGGAACUAAAAAAAAAGGAGAGAGAGUUAUAACGUUCGAAGAGUUCUUGCCCAUCUACAGUCAGUUGAAGAAGGAUAAGGACAUUGGUACGAAAGAAGAUUUUAUGGAAGGCUUGAAGGUGUACGACAAGUCUGAAAAUGGAACAAUGUUGGCCGCUGAGCUUGCUCACGUUCUUCUUUCUCUUGGUGAAAGGUUGACUGAUCCCGAGUGUGACGAGAUAAUGAAGACAUGCGCUGGGCAGGAAGAUGACGACGGUUUUAUCAAAUAUGAACCAUUUAUCAAGGCAGUUAUGGGUGGACCUUUCCCGGAAGAACAGUAAAGAAAGAGCAUUUAGUCUACUAAAUUAUUAAAAGAAAUCUUCUAUCGCUUUCCUGUAUCAUCCAGCGAAAAGUUUUGAAGAAAGUCAAAAUUCUUGUGUAAAUUUUUGUCAUCUCAUAAAGUGUAGAAGCACCUUAUGCUUGUAUCUGAAGAGUUACAACUGUAUAGAAUCAAAUAAUAAAAUGUAGGGACUUGGUUGUUA